UGUAAUCAUCAGUUCAUACGAUCAAUCCCGUUCAGACGACUUUCAAAUUUCGCACUUCAAGUCAAAAAUAACCUCAUCUUCAAUACUAUCAACUACUUCACACUCUUCAAUAUGGUAUCACCAAGCACUUGCUGUGGAAAGGACGGCCAGAGAUGCGUCUGCGCCUCUAUGGCAAAAUGUUCAUGCGGCGAGAAAUCAGCACUUCAUUGCAACUGCUCAAAAUCUGCGGUCGAAAAUGCGAUCACUGGACCACGCUGUUCUUGCCGGGCUCGUCCUGCACGGGCAUGUACCUGUGAUCGUGCCGCUGUAGAAAAUGCUUCCCCUACUGGACCUUUAUGUUACUGCGGAUCAAGACCUGCCGACUCCUGCUCGUGUGAGAGAGCUUGUGAUGGAGGGAUUUACCCAAAUGAGACCGAUUUCACCACGCUAUAG